AUUUCAUUUCUUACCCCCUCCUCUCCUUUGCUCUCCUCUCUCCUCUCUCCUCCUCCUCCUCCAUAGCCUCUCUCUCUCUCCUCAGUCGUAGUCAAUACUCAUCGUUUCCAAGUCAAAGGACAAAACGAAACAGAAGCCAACUCAUUCAAUUUCUAAGCUUCUGAAAUCAGAAGCAGCAAAAAAUGAAGGAAAGCUCAGAUGGGUUUGUGAGGGCAGAUCAGAUUGAUCUGAAGAGCUUGGAUGAGCAGCUGGAGAGGCAUCUCAACAGGGUCUUGACUUUGGAGAAGAACAAGAUCAUGAGAGACCCCGAAACCAAUUCCAACAGCAUCCACCUCACAACCACCUCCACCUCCAAUUCAACCGUCACAACCACCGCCACCUCCACUUCCUCCAUGACCCUCUCCAUCCCCAAACGCCACCGCCAGGAGUGGGAGAUCGACCCCUCCAAGCUCCUCAUCAAGUCCGUCAUUGCUCGUGGCACCUUUGGCACCGUACACCGUGGCAUCUACGACGGUCAAGACGUCGCCGUUAAACUGCUUGACUGGGGUGAAGAGGGUCACAGGACAGACUCCGAGAUUGCUUCUCUAAGAGCAGCUUUUACUCAAGAAGUUGCCGUCUGGCAUAAACUAGAUCAUCCUAAUGUUACUAAGUUUAUUGGGGCGACAAUGGGUUCAUCAGAUCUACAAAUACAGACAGAAAAUGGUCAAAUUGGCAUGCCAACUAAUAUCUGUUGUGUCAUCUGGACGUCAUAAAUACGACAAUUUUCUAUGCUAUUUAACAGGCUAUAAGAAGUUCAAAACUUAAAUGCUGCUUUAGUACAUAAAAUGCAUGCAUAAAAUAUUUUGUGAUUAUAUUUUGAUUUCCAGAAAUAUGAUAUACAUUGCAAUUAGUUUCUAGUAGUUUUUAUUACAGAUUAAAUCUUGCUAAACUUCCGGUCUAUUGAUGUCCAGUUUAUUGGGGCGACAAUGGGUUCAUCAGAUCUACAAAUACAGACAGAAAAUGGUCAAAUUGGCAUGCCAACUAAUAUCUGUUGUGUCGUCGUGGAAUAUCUUCCUGGGGGUGCUCUAAAAUCAUACCUCAUAAAGAAUAGGAGAAGGAAGCUAGCUUUUAAAGUCGUUGUCCAGCUGGCACUAGAUCUUGCUAGAGGGUUGAGCUACCUACACUCACAGAAAAUUGUUCACAGAGAUGUAAAGACGGAGAACAUGCUGCUGGACAAGAGUCGUGUAGUCAAGAUUGCAGAUUUUGGUGUUGCUCGUGUUGAAGCUUCAAAUCCCAAUGACAUGACUGGGGAGACUGGCACGCUUGGUUACAUGGCUCCUGAGGUCCUCAAUGGCAACCCGUAUAACAGGAAAUGUGAUGUUUACAGUUUCGGCAUCUGUUUAUGGGAAAUAUAUUGCUGUGACAUGCCAUAUCCUGACCUUAGUUUCUCCGAAGUGACUUCAGCUGUGGUUCGCCAGAACUUGAGACCUGAGAUACCUAGAUGUUGUCCGAGUGCCCUUGCAAAUGUAAUGAAGCGAUGCUGGGAUGCGAACCCAGACAAGCGGCCGGAGAUGGAUGAGGUAGUCACAAUGUUGGAGGCGAUUGACACAACGAAAGGCGGAGGUAUGAUCCCUCAAGAUCAGUCUCAGGGCUGUCUUUGCUUUCGAAUGAAAAGAGGACCUUGAAGAUUUUAUUCGUUAAGAUACCAACUGGGAUAUGAUUAUUUCCAAGAUCAAAAGAGUCCAAUUUGUACUUAAGAUAGCAAACAGAGAAACAGAUAUAUGGGAUAUCAAAAGGAGAUGAACAGAAAGGUAUAGAUUGAUGGAGCAAUGCUAUUUUUCUCAUUUUCUUCGAGGAUGUAAAGCUUUUAUUAAAUAUUGUUACCCUUUUUUUUUUUCGUUAAACGAAUGUGUAUUUAUUUGAUUGGCACUACCAGCACCUUGUAAGAUCCGUUAUAUACUAGUUAUAUUGACAUGAAUUUAUGACUAAAUUGACC